UGCAAAUCAGAGGCUCAGAUUAAAAAGGGUGAUAGAUUAAAAUUCCUUCCCUUUCUCAUUAGCGAUCAAAUUGAAGCGCCAAAAAUAUGGAGGAAGAAAUGGAUGAAACCGAAGCCCUCCCUCAGGUCUACAUGGCUUGCAUUCACCACGGUCAUCGAAUUGGAAUUUCCUACUAUGAUUCCAGCAUUCGUCAGCUUAAUGUAGUAGAAGUUUGGGAUGAUGGUAGCUCAGACUUCCCACUGAUUGAACUUGUUAAAUAUCAAGCAAAUCCAGUGAUUAUAUAUACAAGUACAAGAACCGAAGAAUCUUUUCUGUCAGCUUUGCAACGAAGUGAUGGAAUGAUAGAGGCUACCACAGUGAAGCUUGUUAAAAGCUCGAUAUUCACAUAUGAACAAGCAUGGCACAGGUUGAUAUACCUUCGAGUAACAGGAAUGGAUGAUGGGUUAAACAUCAAGGAGAGAAUUUGCUACCUAAGUUCUAUGAUGGACAUGGGAAGUGAUAUCCAAGUUCGUGUAAGUGGGGGCCUUCUUGCUAUAUUAGAGAAUGAAAGAAUUGUAGAUACCCUUGAGCAAAAGGAGUGUGGGACUGCUUCAAUCACAAUUGAUUCUGUCACUGAAAUUUCAUUGGACAAAUUUCUUAAGCUUGACGCCGCAGCACAUGAGGCAUUGCAGACCUUUCAAGUAGAUAAACAUCCAAGUCAUAUGGGAAUUGGUAGAGCAAAAGAAGGGUUCUCGCUGUUUGGAAUCAUGAACAAGUGUGUGACACCAAUGGGGAGACGUCUUUUGAGAAACUGGUUCCUGAGGCCCAUACUUGACCUGGAAAACUUGAACAAUCGUCUCAAUGUUAUAUCAUUCUUUCUUUCUUCUGAAGAACUGAUGGUUUCUCUAAGUGAAACUCUGAAAUCCGUGAAGGAUGUCCCUCACAUACUAAAGAAAUUCAACUCGCCAAGCUCUAUGUGUACAAGUAGCGACUGGAUGGCUUUUGUAAAGAGCAUCUGUUCGCUCUUGCAUGUGAACAAGAUAUUUGAAGUGGGUAUUUCUGAAAGCCUUCGAGACCAUAUGGAGUGCUUGAAUGUGGACAUUGUUGCUAAGGCCAGUUCAUGCAUCACCACAGAUCUGGCAUACGUGUAUGAAUUGGUUAUUGGUGUUAUUGAUGUAAACAGAAGUAAAGAGAAGGGUUAUGAGACACAAGUGAAAGAGGGCUUCUGUGACGAGUUGGAUGAGCUGAGAGAAAUAUACGAGGAAUUGCCAGAAUUUCUGGAAGAGGUUUCAUCAUUAGAGCUCGAACAAGUUCCUCAUUUACGCAAAGAGAUGUUUUCCCCUUGUAUUGUUUAUAUUCAUCAAAUAGGAUACUUGAUGUGUUUUUUUGAAGAGGAACCUGACGAUAUCGCACAGGCGAGAAUUGAAGAUCUUGAAUUUGCAUUCUCUGACGCUGACGGAGAAACAAAGAGAUUCUUUUAUCGUACACCAAAGACACGAGAAUUAGAUAGCCUUCUUGGAGACAUUUAUCAUAAAGUUCUAGAUAUGGAGCGGGCAAUUAUCAGAGACUUGGUCUCACAUGUAUUAACGUUCUCAACACAUUUACACAAGGCUGUGAACUUUGUGUCUGAACUUGAUUGCCUUUUGUCAUUGACAAUGGUUGCUCGCCAGAACAAUUUUGUGAGGCCUACUUUAACCAUGGAGACCAUUCUUGAUAUACAAAAUGGCAGACAUGUUUUGCAGGAAAUGGCAGUAGAUACAUUUAUCCCUAAUGACACAAAGAUUCUUGAUGAAGGAAGGAUUCAUAUCAUCACUGGUCCUAAUUAUUCAGGGAAAAGUAUCUACACAAAGCAGGUGGCUUUAAUUGUUUUCCUUUCUCAUAUUGGAAGUUUUGUACCUGCUGAUGCUGCAACAGUUGGAUUAACUGAUAGGAUAUUCUGUGCGAUGGGAGGCAAGUUUAUGACUGCAGAACAGUCCACUUUCAUGAUAGAUCUACAUCAAGUGGGAAUGAUGCUAAGGCAGGCAACAUCACGGUCUUUAUGUUUGCUGGAUGAAUUUGGUAAAGGAACCCUGACAAACGAUGGCAUUGGUCUUCUUGGUGGGACCAUAACGCACUUUGUCAACUUAGAAGUUCCGCCGAAGGUUCUGGUGUGCACUCACUUGACCGAGUUAUUUAAUGAAAGUUGCUUACCAAAGUCUGAGAAAAUAAACUUUUACACCAUGAGCGUGCUACGGCCACAGGAGAACUCUACAAAUGUUGAAGACAUUAUCUUUCUAUACCGGAUAGUUCCCGGACAUGCAGCUCUGAGCUAUGGACUACACUGUGCACUACUAGCAGGUGUCCCAGAGGAAGUGAUUAGCAGAGCAAGGUUAAUCCUGGAUGCUAUUGAAAAUAAUAAGAAUGUGGAGCGAUUGUGCAAUGAGAAAAUAUCAUCCAAAGACCAGCAAUAUAAGGCUGCAGUUGACAAGUUGUUGGCGUUCGAUUUUCUAAAGGGCGAUCUCAGCACCUUCUUCCAAGAUAUAUGAAUUCUUUCAUACUAAAUCAUGAAAAGGUAUCGCUCAAGAGUUAUCGUCGCACUAAUAUUGAUGGGAUGUCCUAGGAAGUGAUGACAAGGCUGGUUAGUCAUCAAGUAAGACCAUGUGUAUUGUCAUGUGGCCGCCAAUGAUCGUACGCCAGAUAUGUUUGUAAGGAUUAUAAGCGCUUGACGCGUGGUUGUUAUUGGUUGUUCGCAAGAUACGCCUCGCAGAGCUAGAGGUUCGCCUAGUUGAGGUUCAGAGAACGUGAGGUUCAUGUAACUGAAGUUUGCAUGUAGUAACAACUUUGCUGCAGAAUUUUCCAUAACUGUAGCAGGCCUCACUCCAUGUGAUCUCUUGAUCUCCACCAUUAUAUGCCAAGUCUAAUAUUUCCAUCACUUCUGCCUCUGAUGUCACCAUCAAAUAUGCUACAAUGUACUAAAAAAACACCCAUAUUUAAGUUCAAAAUGUGAACCCCAAAUUUAUCGAGGCAAGUUGAUGGUUCUAAGGAUUGGAAACCUGAUCAGAGACUAAGAAGAACCAAGCUUUGGUGACAAAAUAUCUGAUGCAAGCGGCAAUAGCGGCGAAAAAAGCAUAACCAACACAUACGCAGAAUCAUUUCAAAAAUUUUCCGGAGCAAAAAUUAAAAACUAUGCCCUAGGAUGAAAAUGAAAA